UGUCAGCCUUCAUAUUGUUCUGACUUCUGUGUUCUCACUUCUCAAGCCAUACAACAUGUCAGGACGUGGCAAAGGAGGAAAAACCAAGGGAAAGUCAAAGACCAGGUCGUCCCGUGCCGGGCUUCAGUUCCCGGUCGGGAGAAUCCACCGUAUAUUGAGGAAGGGCAACUACUCGGAGAGAGUCGGCGCCGGUGCUCCAGUGUACUUGGCAGCCGUUAUGGAAUACUUAUCCGCUGAGGUUCUCGAAUUGGCCGGCAACGCCGCUCGCGACAACAAGAAGACUAGGAUCGUUCCUCGUCACCUUCAACUGGCGAUCAGGAAUGACGAGGAGUUGAACAAACUUCUCUCCGGAGUCACCAUCGCCCAAGGCGGUGUCCUCCCCAAUAUCCAGGCCGUUCUUCUUCCCAAAAAGACAGAAAAGAGCGCCUAAAUUUUCCGCCAUUGUUUACUACGCAACGGCCCUUUUCAGGGCCACCAAAUUAUUUCACUAAAUGAAAUUAAAUUGUACUUACAAU